UCCUACUCAUCAUGUGCUGCACAGGUCUUUUUCUUCCUCUUCUUCAUCUCAGCAGAGUAUUUCCUUCUCACCAUCAUGUCCUAUGACCGCUACGUUGCCAUCUGCAAGCCCCUGCACUACGGGACCUUGAUGGACAGCAGAGCUUGUGCCACCAUGGCAGCAGCUGCCUGGGGUGUUGGGGUCCUUAAUUCCCUGCUGCACACAGCUAGUACAUUUUCACUGCCUCUUUGCCACGGCAAUGGUGUGGAUCAGUUCUUCUGUGAAAUCCCCCAACUCCUCAAGCUCUCCUGUUCUGGUUCUUACCUGAGUGAAAUUGGACUUACCAUAUUUAGUGCCUUAAUCUUUUUUGCUUGUUUUAUAUUCAUUGUUGUGUCCUAUGUGCAGAUCUUCAGGGCCGAGCUGAGGAUGCCCUCUGAGCAGGGACGGCACAAAGCCUUCUCCACGUGCCUCCCUCACAUGGCUGUGCUCUCCCUCUUUCUCAGCACUGUGAUGUUUGCCCACCUGAAGCCACUUUCCAUCUCCUCCCCAACCCUGGACCUUGUGCUGGCAGUGAUCUACACAGUGGUGCCCCCAGUAAUUAACCCCAUCAUUUACAGCAUGAGGAACCAGGAGCUCAUGCAUGCUCUCAGGAAACUGUUUGGAGAUAUCUUUCUUCGGCAUCAGUAA